GGGAGGGCCGCUGGCUGCUCGCCCCGCCCGCGCGGCUGGUUGUUGCGGACCGGUGACAUGCCUGCGAGCUGCGGAGAUUGCGGCCCCCAGGUGUUCUGUGGAUUGACUCUUCAUUGAUUAUAAACAGCUACAAUAGAGUUAUGGCGACUUUUCAGACUUUCAGAAAGAGUCACAUGAAGACGAAAGCAUCGGUCAGAAAAAACUUCAGUGAAGGCGUGUUCCAGUCGGUAAAGGCGCUCCUGCAGAGUGAGAAGGAAUUAUGCAGUGUGUCUGCAGAGAGCUGCUGGAAGCAGGAUGAGCAUACCAGGGUGACUGAGGUCACAUUUCUGGAUUUUCAUGAAGAAACAGAUACUGCUCAUUUGCAGGAUUUAGCCGCAGUAUCUUUGGAACUUCCAGAUCUUCUGAAUUCUCUCCACUUCUGCAGUCUAAAUGAAAAUGAAAUUAUUUGUAUGAAGGAUAUUAAAAAAUCACCAGAAAUGAACAAUGGUCCUCUAAAUCAGAGCCAUCCUUCUGGAAUGCUUUGUGUCAUGAAAGUGCCACCCACGUUACCAAGACUCCGACUUGAUUUUAUAUUCAGCCUGCUAAGUAAAUAUGCGACCGGCAUCCGAUACACCCUGGAAACAUACUUGCACCUGAGGGGCCCACUGGAGUCCACGGAUGAAGACGAUGACGAUACUAACCAGUCGGUGUCGUCCAUAGAGGACGACUUCGUCACUGCUUGUGAACACUUAGAGGAAGAUGAGGCUUCACACCCAAAUCAUGAUGGAAUAAGCCUUUCUGUCCUGAGGAGCCAGUGUGAUGCAGCUUCACAGACUGUUUCUGGACACCAGUUGGACAUGCAGGGCUUACGGAGUCUUGCUAGCUCUGGGCAGCGGAAACCCUCCACUUCCCUAGUCAACAUGCUGGGACAUGCAGAGGUUCCCUCGGUGAAAGCUUCAGUCACAACAUCGGUUUCUGAGCCUUGGAUCCAAAGGAGUUUCUACAGGUCAACUAAUGCUUCUGACAAAGGUAGCGAAACACAGAAAAGCUUUUUUUCGUCUUCUCCUGCCUACUCUUCCGAGUCAGAAUGCUCGAGUCCAAGUCCUGUUAUUUUCUUGGAUGAAGAAGGAUAUCAGAAAAGUUUGAAAGCAAAACUUGAGCUGCCGAAAAUUCCCGUGACGAAAGAUGAUAUAGAGGAUUCAGACUCAGAAGUAAGUGAGUUUUUUGAUAGUUUCGACCAGUUUGAUGAGCUAGAACAAACUUUGGACACUUCUGAUCUAUUUACGAAAGCUCCUGCCAAAGGGAAGCCGCCGAAAAAGAAAGGACACCGACAUGAGAAAUCUGUAACCACUACGAUGAACCCUCAAAAGUUCAAGUUUGACCGCCCAGCUCUCCCAGCCAAUGUUAGAAAACCUACUCCCCGGAAACCAGACUCCCCGUACAGUAACCCUGGUGAGGCUCCCGACUCCCCUCGGCCAGUGCCGGCCUCCGGGGAAGACAGUGGCUUGUUUAGUCCCAUUCGGUCCUCUGCCUUUAGCCCGCUAGGAGGCUGUGCUCCCACGGACUGCCUUUGCCAAACCCAUGCUGGGGGAGCUCGGGCCCCUGAGCAUCACGGGUCUGUGUAUUACACGUACGAGGAUUAUGCGAGCAGCGUUUCGUGCAGAGUACUCGAUUCGGUUCUUUGUACCCAACAGGCCAAUGCACCAACCGACCCUGAUGAUGGCAUGGAAAGGGGGGCAAAGGAAACAGAAACUCUUAGGCCUGGGAACCGUGAUCAGAACGGCAAAUCUAAGAACAAGUCCUUGCUGAUGAAGGAUAGCAUUCAGAAAUUUGCAGCAGAUCUUGUGGAAAAGAGCUUUGGCAGUGCAUUCAAAGACUUACAGAAAGGAGUCACUUCCUGCACCAAUGCCUUGUGCCACUUGGCCAUCAAAUUGACAGCGUCUGUUUUCCAGGUGGCAUUUGAUGAACUGAGGCGCCAGCGUGCGUUUUCCCUGAAGGAACGUGCCAUUGGAGGCUUGGCGAAUUUUUUGGUGAGUGAAGCUUUCUGCAGCGCUUUAAAAGAUUUGCAGUAUAUCAAGAAGCAGAUCUUCACAAACAAAGUUGCCAGUUUUGCUGCAGAUCUUGCAGAAGAGCUGGUUUUCGAAGGCGUCAUGGAAGUGUGCCAGUUUUCCUAUCCUCCCACUCUUGCCUUUCCCCAGUGCAAGUCCUUUGACUACGAAGACAAGGUUGUCAAGUCCUAUGCGAGAGAGUUAUCUGAGUCCGUCAUACAGGAAGCAUUCAUUGAGCUCUCCCAGGUGGACCUGACUCUCCCCACCAAAGCAACAGUUGGUUUUUCUCCUGGUCACACAAAGGAUGUGAGUGAAGCAAGCCCAGCACCGUCCAGACAGCCCUCCACCGCUGCCCUGACUUGUAACGGUCCAGCAGUCGUGGUGACACAGCCAGCACAGGAAUAUAGGAAAGAAUACACCGUCCAGCAGGCCUUGUUUUGCACUUCUGGAAUCGUGACUUCCGUACCAAUGCCCUUGGCAGGAAGUUGCCUUCUCCCGUAUCAUAUUUCCUCUAAGGGCUAUCUGGAAAAGACUCCUCUGCCAGCCGAUGAAAGUAAUUCAAAUGGUGAUUCUGCCCAGGCACGUGCGACUUCAGGAAGCAGCAAAGGGGAAGUAGCUUGUCUCCGAAGUAUUUGUUUGCCUGCAGAUUCAGAACACCAUCCUAGUAACCAGAACGAUGUUAAACCAACUCAGGAUGGUAUUGAAGUGCAGAAUGCGGCAAAAGUAGCCAGUGAUCCCGCCAUCAUUAGCAGCUUUUCUGCAGCAAUGGUGCAUACGGUAGUAAAUGAAACUUUGGAGUCUGUGGCAUCGCUCCGAGUUUCAGAGGACAUCCUGAGAACAACCGAGGGGCAAGGCCUGCCUGUCCACUCUGACCGAACAGCAUGGCAGCAGGGCAGUGCUAGCACGAAGGACGAGUUUGCUGACAGAUUAUCUCAAUCUAUUAUUAAACAUUCCAUAGACAAUGGCAAGCCAGUGAUUGUAAAUACAGAGAAGAAUGGGGUGAGCAAGGAAGGCUGGCUUGUUCCAGGAGAAGAGUCACGGUUGAUCUUGUCAAAGUUCCCCAAAUUUCUUGGCCCUCUGGAUCAUCGUGUGCUUUCAGCUGGAAAGAGUUGUGCUCCACCUUGUCAAGACACCACGGCUCAAGAAUUUCCUCUCGAGACAACAGCACGGUGUCCAGCUGUGGCCGUUCCAAAGUUGGACUCGAAGGAGCUGGCCAAGGAGAAACCAACACAGAAGCAUAGUUCACAUGAUCCUGCACUUGAACCCAUGUGUUUGGGGCAAGAACGUCCUUCCCCUCACUCCCAUCCUUUCACAUCUCCAGUGCUUGCUUGUGCCGAUGGGUUGCACGUGGAAGAUAAGCAGAAAGUCAGAGACAGGAAUGCCUUACCUGAAACCCCCCCACCAACUCCUCUAGUGCCAUCCCAAGCUAGUUGUGAGUGGGAUAUCAAGAAGUUAACGAAAAAGCUCAAGGGAGAAUUAGCAAAGGAAUUUGCACCUGCUACUCCACCGUCCACACCUCGAAACCCAACCGUUGGUAGCUUCGCUGCGAAUGGACAGAACACUAUAGAAAAAGAAGAGUUCAUGCUGAAGCUCAUGAGGUCUCUUUCAGAAGAAGUCGAAAGCAGUGAAGGGGAAGAGCACCCAGAAGUGGAUGCGAAGCCAGAGCACGCGGGGAAGAAGAUACAGUUUGCGCACACGUUAGCCACACACAUCAUUUCUCUUGCAACGGAAACAGCAGCUUCUCAUUUAGAUCAUCAAGUAAUUGAAGAACCCAAGGGUAAAAGCCCUGACUUAGCACAUCUGCGAUGUCAGACAAGUGUAUCUCCUGCCUUUUUGAAUCGCUCAGAUGAAAAUUUACAAGCUUUGUGGAGUUUUGCCGAUAGCAUGGCGGCAGAGGUGAUCACAGAAGCCGAGAAAACAGCGAAACUCAAAAGUUGUGUGUCUUCCAGGCAGAACAGCUGCUAUGCUGACGGUUUCAGUUGCAACAGAGGUGACCAGCAUGGCAGGUCACAAGAGAAGCUGGAUAUAGAGGCUGUUGCUCAGCCACAAGAAGUGGAUUCAUUGAUUGUCUCCUUACCGCUCUCUGCUGGCCUGUCAGGCCUGACAUAUAAGUACCCCAGCUGUGAAAGUGUGACAGACGAAUAUGCGGGCCACAUUAUCCAAAUCCUGAAACAAGAAGAUGGGAAUAGUGAGCUAAUCCUGGAUCAGUAUGCCAACCGACUUGCAUAUAGGUCUGUGAAAGCAGGCGUACGAGAAGCAGUUAGGACCGUCCAAACGAAGAGCAUCCCCAAACUGUUCCCUGCUCCAGGCUCACUGGAGAAGACCACGAGCGAGCUGUUGAUGCUCUUAAAUACAGACCACCACCAAGAAGUAGCUAGAAAAAGGCCAAGUAAAAAGAAGGGAGGCUACUAUUGUAAAAAUUUGAGUGGUGAACGGACACAGGAUACGUACAGAAAUGAGAACUCUGAACUGUAUAGUUUUUCAUCCUCCCUCGCUCAUAGCAUAGCAAGAGACGUUCAGAAAGAGCUGACGCUGUCUACAGUUGGCUUGCCAAAAUCCUUAAUGGACUCUUGUCUUUAUGAAAAAUUUGGAUGCGAUGACGCUCCCGAGUCUCGCAUUGAACCAGGAUUCCCUAAGCCUCUCCGGCCUUCCUCACAGAAUCACCUAUUCUACCACAGUCUUGGCAGCUUAAGUGAACAUGGUUGUGGAGACAGUGUUGCUCACGCUAUCGAACGGUAUGCUAAAAAAGUUGUGGAUGACACGUUAGAGCUCACGUUUGAGUCUACAGUUUUCCCAGGCACUGAGACCACAGAAUCAGCAGAUAGGAUUACUUACGCUGAAAAGUUGUCACCUCUUAUCAGCCAGGCUUGCAGGCACUGUCACCAGAAAGAGCUCCACGAUUGCACGGGAAACUCAUCUCAGCACUUUUUCAGACAGGAUCCAGUUGCCAGUAGUAAGCCAGCUUCUAAUUCGAAAUUCAGCAGCCUCUACCAGAAAUCCAGAAUUUUCCACCUUGAUGUUCCCCAAAUCCAUGUCAAUCUUGAUAAGAAGACAGUGCUUGCUGAGAAGAUUGUUGCUGAAGCCAUUGAAAAAGCAGAGAGGGAACUGAGCAACGCCAGUUUGGCAGCCGAUAGUGGAAUUGGACAAGAUGGUGUUAGUUUUGCUGAAAGUCUCACUACUGAAGUAAUGACGGCAGCAAUGCUGAGUGUUGGACAUGAUGGCAGUUUAAAAGAAAGAGAUGACUUUCCAUCACUGGAGUCUUUGGGUAACCAGCGAAUGAACCUCAGUAUUGGUGAAGACAGCACUGGUAGCUGGUCCAACUUGAGUUUUGAGGAUGAACAUCAGGAUGAGAGCAGCAGUUUUCAUCAUCUAAGUGAAAGUAAUGGGAACAGCAGUAGCUGGAGCAGUCUUGGUUUAGAAGGAGAUUUGUAUGAGGACAAUUUAUCCUUUCCAACAUCAGACAGUGAUGAACCCGAUGAUAAAGAUGAAGAGCAUGGGGCCGAUGUAGAAGUAGGUUUGGGGCACGAUGGAAAGGCUCUGCGGAUUACCAACGUUGACAUGGAGCUGUGUCCCAUCGACCCCCAGCUGAGGCUGAUUCUGCAGUGGCUCGUUGCUUCUGAGGCUGAAGUUGAAGAACUGUACGUCCACGACUCAGUCAAGAAGGAGUUCAUACUGCUUUCGGAACGACUGCAAGACAGCGGCUGGAAGGUGGGCGACGUCCUGCAGGCCGUGCUGAGAUACUACGAAGGGCUGGAGAAGGCCGCCCCUGAGCAGCAACGCAAGCCUCUGUUCGACUGGCUCGUGGAGACGGCAGAGCAAGCAGUCCCCAGUCGGGCUGAUGAUUUGUUUGGGGAGAGAAAGACGCCACGGGUCAGACUUGCAUAGGGAAUGCUAAUCCACUUUGAGCGGAAAGUAGAUAGAGCUUUCUAAACGGCUUGUGUCCCACAGUGUAAAUAGUUCAUACUUUUGUAAUCUCCGUUCCAAUGCUACCUUCAUUUAUUCUUCAAUCCACGUGAAUUGUGUUCAGACCCUAGCGGCGUGUCUGUAAAGGGAGGUCUCAACAUGGGGGUUUCAGGACCUUGUCCCCUAGCGUUCUCUCCACAUCCAAAUCGUGCUGCUAGAUAUGGCACCCCCGGUGUCCUAGGAUGGGGUACGGGACGAGAGUUGCAACUUGGCUCGUUACUACGAGUGGAGCAACAGGUAUGCUCCUUUGCAAGCAAAUUAUCUCCCAAGAAUAACUAAUUUGACACCAAAUAAUAAAGCCAAAGCUAACUUCAUUCAUCUGGAAGAAUUUGGGGGUCCUGUUUUAAAACCCGCUUUGAUUCCAUGGCUCAGCUAUUGGUGUCCUUGUCAGUUCCCACACCAUUUCCUUCCAGAAAGUUCCUUAGUGUUUUAGGUUUCUACAGACACUGUAAAGUGCUGUCUCCGCAGCCUGUCAUCAGGUGACAUUAUUUACUGAUGCUGCCGUUCAUCGGGGUGACCGAGUUUGUGUGUGUGUAAAGAAACACCCUGGUGUCCUUGUGUUUUCCCAUUUGGGUCGGAAAGCCACUGUUCAGAUGGAAAAGGCGCUUCGAUAAGGCAAUCUGCAAGGAGGGCGCAGUAAGCACUUUGACUUCUCUCUCACUGUUUUGGGCCCCCUCGCUCCAAAUGAACAUUCAAAUGGCGAGGCUUGUUGAAUUGGAAACUUAAUAAGAAGGUGAAUUUGGGGAGGUCUAGCAACAGUCACAGUUUUUAUUGUUGGAUUUUUCUUUAAGUCCUCUUCCCCCUACGUUCCCCACUCCCCUUUCCAGCAAGGUUUUUCCUAGAAAAAUGUGGUGGUUUUGUUUUUUUUAAGUAGGGAGAUGUCUUUUGCCAUGAUCUUUCUGGACUUUACGUUUUCUACAGCUUUGCUUUAGAAACUGCUAGUUGACACGGUUAGAGGAGCAAGAUUGCAGCCUGGUCCUGUCCGGGCGUGAUCGUGGAGCGUGUGGGUCUUCCCUGGGGAAUUUUGUGAUCUGUGGUAAAUCACUUUGCGUAGGGACUUGGAUUUUGCUUCCUUAAACUUCCUUUUUUCCUGAGCACCGACUGUUGUAGAGGCUGCACACAGCAUGGGAGUUGAGAGGCAGGGAACAAGGGACACGUCCAUAACUUUGAAUGAGUAAAUACAUUAGAGGAAUGUGUUUUAUACUGAAAUAGGUAUUUGCUUUUUAAGAAGAAUGCCAAGAGUUAUCAAAAUAUUUUCGGAGGGCACACUCCAAGCCUUGGCUUUUUAAACGUAGAAGCAUAGAAAGAGAGCAAGGUUUCAACAUAAGCGUUUGCUGCAGUUCCCUCACGCGGUUGAAGAGAGGAUGCAGGAGAUGCACAUACAGAAUGGUUCCGUCUUCAGCUUCUCGGCGCGUGAUGGGUAGCCGUCCUGGGCUGGGUCUUCGACGGCUGGCCAUGGGAAUGCUUGCUUGUGCUAAACUAUAACGUGCGCUAGUGGAUUCUGAACUGUAGAUUGCAUUUUUAAAGUAAAUAUAUGAACUCACCUUGUGUUUAAAAACCUGGUCACAUGUAUGUUUGAUCAACCGCAAAACUGAGUUAGGAAUUUCUUUUAAGCUAACGUGACAAUGUAUUAGUACUUGAAGAUGCUUCUGUUGCUUUCUGUUCGGGCAAACGUCAUUCUGAGGGGAGGUUCCCCAUACCCUUGUUUCCUUUCUCUUCUCGGGAGCUGCGUGGUGUUGGGGUCCCUGUGUCACCCCUGCACUUUGACCGAAGGGUGGGUCAGGGGUAGCAGGCCCAACAGUCACACCAAGGAGCGGAGCCCCACUCACUUCUGGGUCCGUUCAGUGCAAGGGCCCCGAGAAAAUACCGAGUGUUGACAGACGUGAAAAGACGCUGCGGUAAGCUUGCUACUCUGCAGAAGACGUGUGUUUGGAGCCGCAUCUUUUCAUUGAGUAGUGUUCUGAGUAGUGUUCAGGUGUGCGAUUUUCCAAAGACGUUCUCGGCGGCCUGGCUUGCUCAGUCUCCAGAACCUCUCUCUGCGUCAGGAGCCGUCCUCGCUGCCGGUUCAGCUCAGGCUGCUGCCUGCCGUGGUUUCGGUGGAGGAUUGCCGGCGGCGUUCAGCUGACUGCUCCGCGGACCCAUCCACAAGCCACCUUAGCUCUGUCGAAAGGCAGCAAGGGGACACCCGGCAGGGCUUUUGUUUUCUUAGAACAUUUUUUUUUAGUCUGAAACGUGGCGAUAUUUCAUGUGCUCCAAUUCGCUAAGUCAAGUUUAAAUUACAUUUGUAUUUUGGACGUAGGCUGAUUUUGAGAAUAUCCCCUGAUGUAUAAAAACGCAUGCUUCAUUUUUAACUCAGCGAAGAAAAUGACAAUAUCUGUUCACCCUUUGCUGUGAUUUAAUGGAAGUUCUAACAGCUUUCAGAUACUUGUUCAGUCAAUACUAGAGGGCUUCACCAAGUUUGUGGAAAAUAUGGAAUGGAAAGAUACUGGAGUUUUCCUCAUACUGUCUGAAGCCUCCUCAUAGGUGUGGUAACUUCUUUCUACUUUGAAACAUAUUCCUUUGACCCUUCCAGAAAUUUGAUGUCAGCCAGUUUAAUUCACAAUACUCUCGACUGCCCUCAGCAAGGCUCGUAGGUUGCUGGUAGGAAAGUGUAGCCGCCUCCUGAGUGCACCCCGUGCAAGUGCGCGCUCGGGCCUGUGGCCAAGUCAGUGCCCCACUGCCCGGCUGCCUCAUCAGUGAGGCCGGACGCCAGUGUCUGCUUGGAUACGUGCUUAUUCGAGAAGCUUCUCCUCCGGCAGGCAGACUGCCACGUGUCCUCGGCACAUCACUUUACAUUGUACGGUUUUGAAUUUUGACAUGUUGAAAACUUCCACGCAACAUUUCUCCCCCUCCCCCCUUUGCUCUUUUAAGUAAUGUUUCCAUACUCAGGGUGUAGGGAAAACCACUCUCCGUGUGAAACCCUGCCUUCCUGUCGGCGCCACGCAGGAGAGUUAGCUGAGCUCAGCCUGAGCACUCUGCUGAAGGGAAGUGCGUUCUUGCCCCUCGUUUUCUGCACAAUGCCCUCCAAGCCUUUACCCAUCCACUGUACCCCUGCUCGGAAGGGGCGGGUACAGGACUAGUCACUCGUGUCACUUUAUUUAUUUAUUGUUCCUUACCAUCCAUGUACAUUCCUUUUGUAUGGGAGAGUCGUAGCUGUAGGUGGUUAUUAUUGGGUUUGGGUUGUACUGUUUGAAGACUAUUUAAUAUCAGGCUUUGCUAUUGCUGGAUUUGCUACCUUUGGUUACUUGUGCAGUGUUAACAGUAAUCCAGACUCUUGUUUAAUAUACCUGAUAUGUGUCAAAAGCAGCUUUGAGUAAUUGUAGCUGUUUAUUUGACUCUGCUGAGUUAAUUACAUUAAGAUCUUGUACUCUGUAGCAGUAACCUUUGUUUUCCUUCCCUAUUCGGUAAUUUAAUGUAUUCAUUUACCAAACUAGGAACUUCAGGAUGCACUAAAAACAUUUUUAAAAUUGUGUUUUAGCUGUGACUUAAAGGACUUAUGUAAUAAUUUGCAAUUAAUUGUUCUUUUAUCUAUUAUCUUUUAUCUUGUUUAAGCCUGUGAUCUUUCCUCCCCAACUAAAAAUCCUCCAAUAAAUGUAAGAGAUGCCUGGCCUUGGA